GUGGAGGCAGAGGGCUGCCAGUUGUUCCCCUAACAUCACCAACACACAACUGGAGAAAGCAGCGCGACAACAAGAUGAGAAUUACACUAAUUCCUGUAUUGUUGGUCCUGGCUGCUGCCUGUGUCCCUGCCCCCUGUGCCAAAGUGGAGCCGCCGGCCCUCCAGCCCGAGGCCCCGGUUGAAACCCGCUCCCGCUUUGCUGCCCUGGACGAUGUGCGUCUCCUGGCCAACGGCCUCCUCCAGCUGGGUCAGAGCCUGCGGGAGUUCGUGCAGAAGACGAAAGGACAGAUCAACGACAUCAUCCAGAAGCUCAACAUCUUCGACCGCUUGUUUUACCAGCUCUCGGUGCUCGCCAGUGAAAUCAAAGAGGAGGAAGAGGAGCUGAAGAAGACCACCGUGGUGCUGAAGGCCAACAACGAAGAGAUCAAGGGCCUGUCUGUUGAGAUCAACUCCAAAGUGGACAGCAUCCUACAGGAGAAGAGCAGCUUGCAGAACAAGGUGGAGGGGCUGGAGGUGAAGCUGAGCAGCCUGUCGCACGGCCUGGUGACGAGCGAACAAGUGGCGGAGAUCAACGGCCUCAGGGAGGUGAUCCACAGCCAGGAGCGGAGCAUCAUAGAGCUGCUGAAGGCUGUGAGGGAGCAGACUGACCAGCUCAACCACCAGAAGGUUAAGAUCAAGAAUCUGGAGGAAAAGUUUACAGUCAACACAAUGACCCAAGAGACCAUUGAGAGGAUGCCUGAAAUCUUCAACAGUGAAGCACCAACACUCACCCCGUACCUGACCUCCAGCUCUUCCAGUGCCACCGACAUGAUGAAUCUGCCAUCAGACUGCAGUGACCUGUUCAACAGAGGGGAGCGAGUCAGUGGCGUCUACGCCAUCAGACCCAGCGGACCGGAGCCCUUCAUGGCUUUUUGUGACAUGAGCAAAGAUCACGGAGCAACAGUCAUCCAGCGAAGGAGGGAUGGUUCAGUGAAUUUUGAUCAAAUCUGGGAGAAGUAUGAAAACGGGUUUGGAGAUUUUCAAGGGGAGUUUUGGCUCGGCCUCAGGAAGAUCCACUCUCUGGCCGCCCAGGGCAACUCUGUCCUUCACAUCCAGCUGGAAGACUGGAAACAGGCCAGGCACUUCAUCGAAUACAGAUUCAACCUUAAUGGUCCUGAGAGCAACUACACCAUUCACCUCACGCAUCUGUUUGGAGAUUUGCCGGACCCCAUGAGCAACCAAACGGGCAUGAUGUUCUCCACCAAGGACAGGGACAACGACAACCACCAGGACUCCAACUGUGCCCACAGCUACACAGGUGGAUGGUGGUUCAACACCUGCGGAGACACCAACCUGAAUGGGAGAUAUUUCCACAUGAGGCCUAAGGGGCGCUCAGAGCGUAGGAGAGGGAUUCAAUGGAGGCCGGGCCAAAAGGCUGCUUACUCCCUCAAGCUCACCCAGAUCUCUGUACACCCUGUGGCGUCCUACAGAACCACCUCCUCCACUUCAUCCUCCUUUGAGACAGGUGUCUUUCUGUGAUCCAGCACCAGCGUUCUCCAGUGAAAAUCCUGCAUUUAACAGCGGCCUCUUCAGGAGAGCCUCGGCAGUGCUCCACGGUUUAAGAAGGCUUGAGCAGAGAGGAAGAUGCUUCCUCCGAAUGUCACAGAGGACACUUUACAAUUCUGAGUGCUGUUGUGUGCUAAACUGAGGAAGCCAAAACAAUGUAUUACUGCCUAAGCCAGGAUAGUGUCUAAUGUGCAUGUAUUGUGAAAUCAAAAAAAUACUGUUUGCAGUUAGCAUACAAUAUAUCUUCACUCACUGCAGCUCAGAGGUCAAAGGUUAUGGAGAAGAAAUUAAAACAUACAGCCAUAAGUGAGCAGUUUUUUUAUAUUGGGUCAUAUUGACUCUCAGUAUACAGCAGUGGUUCCCAACAUGGGGGGCGGGACCCCUUGAAGGGGUCACAUUCUAAGUUCUGCUACACAAUGGACUUUUCUGACUAUCUUUUAAGUGGUUCGUUGUCUUGUGGAAUACCGGGCAUAUUUACCUCUUCUGCAUUCGGCAUUUCAUCACAAACUAUCUACUCGUAGAGCCGGAGUAGGAAUUACUCAAAAACAUUUCUAAGAUUGUACAGUGUAUGCCCAGCUUAAGAAUUAUUCAAAUGUACCAAGGGCUGCAUCUAAUGAUUAUAUUCUUAAUGAAUUGAUUAAAAAAAAAAGUCCAUCACAGUUUCCCAGAACUAAAGUGACGUCUUCAAAUGUCUUGCUUUGUCAGACUCACAGUCCAAAACCUCCCAAAAUCAAUUUACUAAUCAUAGAAGUAAAAAAAAAACAGCGAUUAUUCACCUUUGACAGUCUGGAAGUUGGAAUUGUUGGCGUUAUUGGUUAAGAAAACUACUUAAAUAAUUAUUUGAUUAUCUGAAUAGUUGAUACAUUUUCUGUGGAUCGACUCAUGGUACGUGUCCAUAGGGGCGUUUUUAUAUGCCUAGCUUCCUAGUAUUGGACGCUUGAUGGGCUGCCAUUAGGCACCUGAUUGGACGAACGCUUUCGUGGGCUGCUGCUCCCAGCUUUCAAACCAAAACCAACAUGGCGGCUCAUUUGGAAACAUUUUUCUCUUAUAUUAUGAAAAUAGUUCACAGAAAUGUGUUUCUGAAAACAUUUUAUGCGAGAAGUAAGCCAUGCAGUUUCUGAACCUGUCUUUAUUUUAGAUCGACAGCGGUUAGUUUAUAAGUUUCUCUGGAGUUUCCAGAGGCGGCGAGUCACGGCGGACGCCCCUGAUUUGCAGAAAGUAGACUAGACCUCAACUUUAUGCAAAUGAGGAGCGGCCGACAUGAUGCUGCCACGCUAUACCAGAAUGCAUUGCACUGCUGCUUACAUAGACAAUUAUGUGUCUCGUGUGACAAGGCAUCCUGAGUGCUUCAUUUCGAGGGGUCAUAAGGCAAACAAGGUUGGGGACCACUGCUUAGGUAACACUCAUCUUUACUUUACAUACUCUAUUUUUGAUACAUUUGUUAUGUUUUAUUAAUUUAAAUAAAGUGGUGACUUCAUAUAACGCUAGUAUUCAUUUAGGUGUGGGUAUCCUUAACUGAAAAAUAUAAUGAAAACCCUCAUCAAACCCUCGAGAUGAACUUCUGUAACCUCCUGUUUGUGAUUAUGGGCUGUACAUCGAUUGGGGGUUCUGACGUUGGCCAGGCACAGACCGGUCGUUCUAUGUCAACAGACAUUUGGCCAAGAGUAGUGCUAUCCUUGAACUACCUUUGUUUUGAUGCCAAAGGCUUGUAAAUGAAUGACUAAAGCAUGUUUGUGCUGUUACCACAUAUUAAAACUUCCUUCAGGAUAUUGCACUGGGAGGUUGUGAACUCUUUUGUACUACAGUAUGUUGUUGGAGCCCUGAAUAAACUCUAGGGGGCAGUGUUGUUCUGUCUCUAUACAGAUA